AUGGCAGAGGGUAGAAAUGAAGAAGCUAAGGAGAUGCAGCAUAGAAACUCUCCGUUGAAGAUGAACGACACAAUAAAUUGGGCGGAGGUACACGACACACGAGAUUUGGUGAAGAUGGUCUUGUCGAGGGUCAUAGAGAAACUCUAUGUUGUGCGGAUUCAAGAACCGGCAGUUUUGGUUGGAGUUGAAGAAGAUGUCCAGUGGAUCCAAAGGAAGUUGAUGCGUGUUCGGGUUAAACCUAAAUAUUCCCCUGAGGAAUUAAUGGACGUUGCCUAUGAUUUGGAAGAUGUGAUUGAUGACCUUAUACUCAGGUCAGCCGGAAAGCAAAGGAGGAUAGGAAAUUGGGAGAGUUGCCUUUUGAUAAUCAGAAUUCAUAAGAAGCUGGAAUUGAUAAAGUCUAAGAUCCCUGCUCUUCCUCGUCUCCCGAUCAUAAUAGCAGCAGGUGCCAACCAUGAUAGCUACUUUGAAGAAAUGGUCUGGUCAGACAUCUUCCUAUCACACGAUCGGAAUGUUGCAAACACAAUUGUUUGCCCAGUGGAACAGAAGGUAACAGCUCUGCUAGCUCAGGAGGUAAUUCAUCCCCAUACUAAGAAGAAAGUCAUGCGGGUGCUAGACAAAUUCAGGUCUCUGAAUGAUUUUCUGACAGGCUUACAAUCAGUGGAAUUAGACGCUUGCGAUAUGGUUUGGAUGGAGGAGUUGUCCCAUUUUGCCCUGUCUGCUGUGACUGCCAUUGAGGACUUCAUCAAUAAAAAAGAACAGUUCACAAAAAGAAGUUGGAUGAGACCUUCCAGGGGAUUUCUUUUUGCUUUCGGCAAAUUGAAAUAUGAGGAUAAGCUUGCUGUGGAGAUGGACAAAAUAUAUGCUAAGAUCCAGAACCUCUCUAUGCACAGGCCAACAGAAUUGAGUAGACAAAGUCAAAGUAGAGACACAGAGUCCACCGUGCGAAUCUCACCACAGCCAACGACGCAAGAACCUAAUCUCGCCAGCUUCACUGAUGAUGUACAUGCAAUGGUAAAACGGUUGCUUACAGAUGACAAGAGUUUCAGAGUGAUUCCAAUUAUGGGUAUGGAAGGCAUUGGAAAGACGACCCUUGCAAAGUUGAUCUUUAACAAUAAAGAUGUUCUAAACCAUUUUCCUUUUGGUGUUUUGACGUCUGCUGGCUAUGAAUUUCACCUACGUGACAAGGAGAAAUUGAUGGACUCCAACCUAAGUCAACUAGGAGAUGUGUGGAAUUAUCAUGUUGAGUUACAGAGGCUGAAAGCUUUCUUAAUUGAUAAAAGGUCUCUAAUAGUUCUGGAUGAUAUUCGUAUCCCAUUCUUAGACCAUGUGUUAAGAAUACUUGCAGAAUCAUCAAACGGAAGUAGAAUGAUUUUGACUACUCACAAAAUCAGUUUACCACCAAAUUUCCGAACGAUGAGUGAUCCUCACAUACUGCGAUUACGAGGAGAUGAGGAGAGUUGGGCAUUGUUUACCCAUGCUUUGAAAAAGAGCAUACCCCCGGAAUUGCUAAAGCUGAAAGACAAAAUCGUAAGAAGAUGUGGGGGUCUGCCACUGCUGAUUGUAAAAUUGGCAGAAGCACCCUCACACAAGGAUGCAACCAUUGAAGAGUGGUCCACUGUACUUCAACAGUUUCAUCAUGACCAACAGCAACUUUGGUCCAACACCCUCUAUAAGAUCCAUAAGGAUUUGUCCUUGUACAUGAGGAGAUGUCUAUUUUAUUUCACUUUAUUUCCUAAGGAUUUUGAUAUUCCAGCAAGAAGAUUGAUGGCACUGUGGGUUGCAGAGGAUUUGGUCCAGCCAGAGGGCGAGAAUGAAACUCCAGAAGACGUUGCAGAGAGGUGUCUGAAUAUGUUGAUAGCCCAGGGAAUAGUUCAAGUGACAAAGAAGAAGCUUAAUGGGAAUGUUAAAAUGGUGCCAUUGCCAGAUGCCCUAAGACAAUAUUGGUUAUCCAAAACGCAACAAGCCACAUUUCUUGGAAUUCAUACUGACACAAGAUCUGAGUUGUCCCUAGGCACCAGCAGGAUCCGUCGUCUUGUUGAUCAUCUUGACAAAGAAGAUGUAAGCUUUGAUCAUAUUCAUAGUGAUUACAACACAACUUCUACUUCUUUGGCACCUUACUAUGAAGAUGUGCUUUCUUUUAUGUCCUUUGAUACUCGAAAAGAAAGCCAACCAGGAGAAGACUUGGGAAACUUUCUUCAUCAAAGCAUAUCCAGUGGUUGCUUCCUAGUACUGCUCGUGCUUGAUCUUGAAAAUGUAUUCAGACCGAAGUUACCUGAGGCAAUUGGCAAACUAACUCGACUAAGGUACUUUGGCUUAAGAUCUACAUUUCUCGAGAUACUCCCAUCAUCUAUAAGCAAGUUGCAGAAUGUUCAAACACUGGACAUGAAGCAUACUAGCAUCAACACUCUGCCUGAUUCAAUCUGGAAGCUACAACAAUUGCGGCACUUAUUCUUGAGUGAGAGCUACCAAAGUAAACUUAUGCUUGGACAGGGUACCAAUUUUCCUACAAUCCUCCAGACAUUGUGUGGGCUAUUUGUAGAUGAGGAGACCCCGGUAAGGGAUGGCCUAGACAGGUUACUCAAUAUUAGGAAAUUGGGAUUAACAAUGUCAUCUAAACAAGAGGCAAUGUCAUUGCAACUGCAGGCAGUAGUUGACUGGGUUCUAAAACAGAAACACUCCGGUCUUUAA